AUGUACAGCUGCAGAGGGCGCCAGAGCCCAAACAUCGCGACACUUCGCCAGCAGAAGGAGGAGCAACGUGUGAGCAGCUGCAGGAGGAAAAACAUGGCGAUGCCCGUAAGAAUCUGCCCUUUCUUUCGCUGGACAGGACGGAUAGUGUCCUCACUUUCUGCAGGACACAUUCUGGAAGUCAGUCUGCCAGCGAGGAGGCGCUUUAUAUCCACCUCAACGGCAAUCAACCUUCAGUUCAGGCUUGAUGAACGCACAGCUCACAGCAGCCUGGACCUCUUCAAGAAAGACACCGGCAUCAUCUACCGCAUGCUUGGCCUGGACCCCUCCCACGUUAAAGAGGACCCCGAGCGAUUCCGAGAGUGGGCUGUCGUGUUUGGCGACAAAAAGAUAAGCAGCGGACGACACUAUUGGGAGGUCACGGUUAAAAAGUCCCAGGAGUUUCGUUUGGGGGUCGCAGAUGCACUGAUGUCCAGAGACGAGUGUGUGGGUAAUAACAGCUCCUCCUGGGUGUUCGGCUAUGCUCAGAGGAAGUGGUUCGCCAUGACCAACAGUAAGGUGGUUCCUGUGACGCUGGUGGGAAAACCGGAUCGAGUGGGGAUCCUGCUCGACUAUGAAGCAGGGUUCCUGGGGCUGGUGGACAUUGAGAAACCCAGAAUCAUUCACACUAUCAAAGCUGAGUUCAUGGCUCCUGUGUGCCCCGCAUUUGGACUUUGGGACGGGGAACUCCUUACGCAUUCUGGUGUGGUAGAGCCAGAAGGCCUGGAAUGAAGAUGUGUUAACAGAUGACUGCCAUGGCUUAUCAGGACAACUUUAUUAUUGUCCUAAAUAAAUGUGCCUGACAUGCAGCAAUAGGACUUAACUACAGAUGAUAAUUAAUACUGUGGUCCACUAUAUCAUCACAUCAAAUGAUGCAAACUCAUCCUGUGGUCUUUCUUCAAGACUUGAGCUCUUUUGUACUUGUAAUGGAAUUCGUCUCAGACACUAGAUGAGGAAACAAGAACGUGUGGUUUUCAUAAUCAUUGGCUGCCUAUAUUUUCUUAUGCCUGUUGCCUGUGGUGGUUUUCUCCACACAUAUACGACAUCAAACAGAACAGAACCUCAUUCUGUUCAGAUUCAAACCAUAUACUUUUUAAUAAAAUAACUUCAUUGAAGUCUUCCA